AUGGCUAUGAACAUAGCGCAGAUCCGCGACACAAAGUGGCUGACGCUCGAGGUAUGCAGGGAGUUCCAGAGGGGCACGUGCUCACGUUCGGACCAGGAGUGCAAGUUCGCUCAUCCGGCUAAGAGUUGCCAGGUGGAAAACGGACGGGUCAUCGCUUGCUUCGACUCGCUCAAGGGGCGCUGUUCCAGGGAAAACUGCAAAUAUCUGCACCCUCCACCACACUUAAAGAACCAGCUGGAGAUCAAUGGCAGGAACAACUUGAUACAGCAGAAGAACAUGGUCAUGUUAGCCCAGCAGAUGCAGCUCGCUAAUGCCAUGAUGCCUGCCACGCAGCUACCGCCUAUGCCCAUGUUCUCAGUGACACCCGGCCUGGCCACCAACGCAAGUGCUGCGGCUGCAGCCGCAGCCGCAGCUUUUAAUCCCUACCUGAGCCCCGUGUCGCCAGGCCUGAUGCCACCAGAGAUUCUGCCCAGCACCCCCGUCCUCAUGGCCUCAAGCCCCACCGUCAGCCAAGUCCCCAAUGCUGCUGCUGCAGCCCAGAAGCUGCUGAGAACAGACAGACUUGAGGUGUGUCGUGAGUACCAGAGGGGUAACUGUUCCCGGGGGGAGGAUGACUGUCGCUUUGCCCACCCUGCCGACAGCACCAUGAUUGAUACGAAUGACAACACGGUGACAGUGUGCAUGGAUUACAUCAAGGGGCGGUGCUCUCGUGAGAAGUGCAAGUACUUCCACCCACCGGCACACCUGCAGGCUAAAAUUAAGGCCACCCAGCACCAGGUGAACCAGGCUUCAGCCGCCGCCGCCAUGACUCAGUCGGCUGUCAAAUCACUGAAGCGACCCCUCGACGCAACCUUUGACCUGGGUAUCGCCCCCAAUGUCAUGGCUCCCCUGCCAAAGCGGGCAGCCCUGGAGAAGGCCAACGGGGCCUCUGCUGUGUUUAACACCGGCAUGCUCCAGUACCAACAGGCCCUGGCCAGCAUGCAGUUUCAGCAGCAGGCUGCUUUUCUCCCAUCAGGCUCAAUAUUGUGCAUGACCCCUGCAGCCGGCGUUGUUCCCAUGAUGCACGGUGGUACGCCAGUCACUGUGUCUGCAGCCACCACAUCUGCCACAAGCGUUCCCUUCGCAACUGCCUCCACCAAUCAGGACUCUUCCCUAUCAAAGUUGACUACCAACGAAUACAUGCAAUUGAUUCCAAUAAUAUCUGCAGAUCAUCUGAGUAGUCACAAGUACUUGACUCAAAUGUAG